CCAAGGAUUAACAGCUGCCAGUGUCAGGGUCAGGGCUCAAGAGACCCCGAAGUGAGGAAAAGCUGCAGGGGAGGGAGGGACAGAGCCAGGGCAAGGAGGAAGAGGAGGGGCCCAGGCCGCAGCCCCGCAGAGCCUCAGCCCAGACGCAGCUGCCAGCAGAGGACGGAGGACGGACGGACGGGCAGCAGCGGCCCCGGGACGACUCUUACCGUGGCCACCACCCCAGCAGGUUCCAUGGCCUUCAAUGACCUCCUGAAGCAGGUGGGGGGCGUCGGCCGCUUCCAGCAGGUCCAGGUCGCCUUGGUGGUCCUGCCACUGCUCCUGAUGGCCUCACACAACACCCUGCAGAACUUCACAGCUGCCAUCCCCCACCACCACUGCCGGGUGCCCCCCAAUGCCAGCCUCAUUCCGGAGGAGGAGCUCGGGGCCUGGCUGCCCCGGGACGCACGGGGGAGGCCUGAGUCCUGCCUGCGCUUUGCUACCCCGAGGCGGGGACCACCCCUCACCAACAGCAGCACAGCCAACAUCACGGAGCCCUGCGUGGACGGCUGGAUCUACGACGACAGCACCUUCCCGUCCACCAUCGUGACGGAGUGGGACCUUGUGUGCUCGCACCGGGCGCUCCGCCAGCUGGCUCAGUCCCUCUACAUGGUCGGGGUGCUACUAGGUGCAGUGUCCUUCGGCCACCUGGCAGACAGGCUGGGCCGCCGCAAGGUGCUGAUCCUGAACUACCUGCAGACAGCCGUGUCGGGGACCUGCGCCGCCUAUGCCCCCAACUUCCCCCUCUACUGCACCUUCCGGCUGCUCUCUGGCAUGUCCCUGGCUAGCAUCGCCAUCAACUCCAUGACGAUAAAUGUGGAGUGGAUGCCCAUUCACACGCGCGCCUACGUGGGCACCCUGACUGGCUAUGCCUACAGCCUGGGCCAGUUCCUGCUAGCCGGCCUGGCCUACGCCGUGCCUCGGUGGCGCCACCUGCAGCUCCUGGUCUCGGUGCCCUUCUACGCCUUCUUCCUGUACUCCUGGUUCUUCACCGAGUCGGCCCGCUGGCUCUCCUCUCGAGGGAGGUUGGACCUCACACUGAGCACCCUGCAGAGAGUGGCCCGGAUCAACGGGAAGCAGGCAGAGGGCGCCAAGCUGAGCCUGGAGGUGCUCCGGACCAGUCUGCAGAAGGAACUGACCCUGGGCAAAGCCCAGGCCUCUGCCGUGGACCUGCUACGCUGCCCUGCCCUCCGCCGCCUGUUCCUCUGCCUCUCCAUGCUGUGGUUUGCCACCAGCUUUGCCUACUACGGCCUGGUCAUGGACCUGCAGGGCUUUGGGGUCAGCGUCUACCUGAUCCAGGUGAUCUUCGGUGCUGUAGAUCUGCCUGCCAAGCUCGUGUGCUUCCUGGUCAUCAAUUCCCUGGGCCGCCGGCCAGCACAGGCAGCCUCCCUCCUGCUGGCAGGCAUCUGCAUCCUGGUGAAUGCAGUGAUACCCCGAGACCAGACAAUCGUCCGCACCUCCCUCGCGGUGCUGGGGAAGGGGUGCCUGGCUUCCUCCUUCAAUUGCAUCUUCCUAUACACGGGGGAGCUGUACCCCACCAUAAUCCGGCAGACGGGCUUGGGCGUGGGCAGCACCGUGGCCCGGGUGGGCAGCAUCGUGAGCCCCCUAGUGAGCAUGACCACUGAGCUCUACCCCACCGCUCCCCUCUUCAUCUUCGGCGCCAUCCCUGUGGCCGCCAGCGCAGCCACAGCCCUGCUGCCCGAGACGAGGGGCCAGCCGCUGCCCGACACUGUGCAGGACCUGGACAGCAGGAGGACAGGGAGACUGAGGCAGCCACAGCAGGAGCAGCAGAAGCAGAUGGUGCCGCUGCAGGGCACCGCUCCGGAGAAAAACGGACUCUGAGGCCGGCCUCCUGUGGGCCCAAGCCCUGUCCCAGGAGGGGCACAGCCAUGCAGGGUCUGUGGCCCAGGGAGCCCUGCCCAAGACCACACCAUUAAAAGCUUUGACUGUG